AUUUGCACACCUGCGUGUACAGUACAGGAGUUCCAGCGAGAUUGCUAAAAUGACUGUCCUCAUGGUCCGGACUCUUUUGUUAUCGAAUCGAAUCCGAAAGUGAUCAAAAGCUCUUCCAUUGCUGCUGAGUACUGGUACGGUAGCACCUUUCUACUAGUCAUCGCCGAGCUUUCUUUUCUUUCACCAUUUCGGGUGGCUUCCGCUAGCUAGCCACUGUAGCGUUGUGUCAUCUGUUUUCCCAACACACCAUUUGUAUAUUCUCGGCCAUGACAAACGAAACGAUUCGAAUGGAUGAUCUGGAAGAAGACGACUAUGACGGCGACGGCCUUGCGCCGUUGAAGAAUGGGCUCAAGAAUUCCCUGACGAGAGGGUCCAGCAAGCGCGGGUUGGGGUCGAGCGAGAUUCUCAAGGAGGAGUUUGUGUACGACUAUGAUAUCAAGACGUACGCUCAAGAGAAACCCAUGAGAGAAUGGAGUUUCCGGCUACCCUUCUUAGCCUCUCCGAUUGUGAUGAAUCCAGUCACUUCUAUGGUUGGCAUUAUCCCGUUGUGGGCUAUGACGAUUUGGUGCAUGGUGGAACCCGAAAACGCACUGGAGGUUCUGCUGAAAAUGAGGGGGAAGAUUGCCCUCUACUUUACAUGGUUUGUCGUGAUCACCAAGCCCAUUUCGUUCCUCUUCAUGAUGUGGAUCACCUACAAGUAUGGUCACAUCAAGUUUGGGGGGCAACAUGCCAAGCCAGAAUUUGGAAACUUUGAGUACUUUGUCAUGAUCUUUUGCUGUGGGGUUGGGGUGGGACUCUUCUACUAUGGUGUCAGCGAACCCCUUUGGCAUCAGUCUAGCCAUUGGUUUGCCAAUGCGGGAUAUCGUUCGCAAGACGAGUUGGAUCAGAUGGCUCUCCUUCUUACCGUAUAUCACUGGGGAUUUCAUGGAUAUACCAGCUACCUGGUGGUGGCUGUGGCAUCUUCCCUGGCGUCCUAUCGUUUCCGAUUGCCCCUUAUCUUUCGGUCUACGUUUUAUCCUAUCCUUGGAGAGUAUACUUGGGGCUACAUGGGUGAUUUGCUCGACGGUAUGAGCAUUGUCGUGACAAUUGCGGGAGUCUGCACGUCUUUGGGACUUGGGUCAAUUCAGCUGGCAGAGGGAGCCAAAAGGAUCGGGUUGCUUGAUGCCGGGCUGACGGAAGACGAAACGACCACUGCUCAGAUUCUCAUUAUUUGGCUGUUAACUGUUUUGACGACUGCCAGUAUCUUGAUGGGGCUGAGCAUUGGGUUGAAGUACCUUUCUUUGCUUGCAUUUGGACUUGGCUCGUUCUUGACCCUAAUGGUCUUCAUGAUGGAACAAUCUGCCUAUCUACUCAACCUAUUUGUACAGACUGUGGGCCAAUACCUACAAUACUCAAUAUUUCAGAUACCCUUCCACACGGAUGCAUUUGGUCAGCUCAGACCUGGGGAGGGAAGGGCUACGGACGGCAAGGCGGCUGCGACUUGGUGGUAUGAUGCAUGGACAAUAUUUUAUUGGAAUUGGUGGGUCGCCUGGGCUGUGUUUGUGGGCCUUUUCAUCGCUCGCGUAUCCUACGGACGCACAUUGCGAGAAGUCACCUUCUACUCAAUGGUUAUGCCAGUGACAUACUGCCUUACGUGGUUCACAAUUUGGGGUGGUGCGGGGCUUCGCCAAGCUCGUCAAGCGAACGAGCUUGAGCAACUUGGUGGGACACACUUCAACGAUACAAUGUACUACCAGUCACCGGACAACAUCGCCUGCUAUGAUGUGCCGCAAGAAGAGGUAAUAGUGGAUGGUGAAGUAGUCUUCACAAACUACGUCAAGGGGGUGACUCCAGUUUGCAAGUUUGAAAGUACAGAUGCGGCGACUUUCAACGUGCUUUUCUCUUUCAGCUUUCCAGAGGACUGGAAUUCGGGAUUCGGCUCUUUCCUAUCUAUUCUCCUCGUCCUUGCUCUUGGUACUUACUUCGCAUCCUCAAGUGAUUCAGGCAGCUUGGUCGUUGACUUCUUGUCGGCAAAUGGACGUCACGACACCCAUUGGAUUCAACGGUUAUUCUGGUCGCUCACCGAAGCUAGCGUUGCAACAGCACUUCUGUACACGGGGGGGUCCAACGCGCUUUCGGCCCUACAGGCCGCUUCCAUCAUCUGUGGUCUUCCAUACACAGUGAUCAUGACAUAUUUGCUCCAAUCAAUCUACGUUAUGUGCGAGCAGGCGCUCGACGAGGACAAAAUACACUUUUCACUUCCAAGACGGCAGUGGAUCAUGCCGAGCUACGGUGGUGUAUUCAACGUAUUCGAGUUUUUGGCAUCCUUCGGCAAGGUGCACACCGCCCGCGUUGUUCUGGGGCUCGACCUGCCAUCUACCUUCCAAACGACAGAAUUUUUCACGAGUCUCUUCCUGCCUUUCCUUCCGCUGCUAGACAUCGUCUUUACGAUGCAUCCCAAACAAACCAGCAAAUUUUCAAACACUCUGUUUGUUGCCAGCUACACUGCUCUCUUCUUUUUCUGGGUUGCGGCCUUUAUCGUUGCUGGUGCUGUACACUCAUCCAUGGUGUAUUGGGGCUGGGCAGCAUUUCUCAUAAACGCUUUCUUGCUAGCAAGCGUCAAACACAAGGUUCGGUGUCGACGGAGGCUGCAUGGCAACAUGUUCGGAGAUUUGACGUCCUGCUUCCUUCUUUAUCCACAAGUCCUCACACAGAUCCGAAUUGAGCUCCUCGAGUACGGUGCCGACCAAGUGGAGAAAGCGCCACAAAAAAGGAAAAGUGGCAAGAAGAGUGCAGCACGCAAACAGCCGCUAGCCAAUUCGUCUGUGCGCAAUAGGCGACAUCGAAGGCGACUGGGAGAACACUCGACGAGAUCCGAUGCUCCACAAAGCGACGAUGAAUUUGAGGACGAAAUCACAAACAUCAACCAACGAUCCGAACAUAGCACGUCUUCAAGGAGGCGUCGCAAUAAUUCUAGGAAUCGACUGUCACUCGAUGAUUCGGACAGAGAUUUACAGGACACACCUGUGUCGACCAAACCGAUCUAUCGAGGCGCAGAAUCAUCUCCUGAGGAGGACUCCGCAGACGGACUAUCGUUCAACAGCUCUCACAGCUCUCUUCUUGGCCGGCGUACGACCCCAGUUUCCUCGGAUCCAGCACCUAGACCAACUACUCCAGUGUCGUCCAUGCAUCAAACACCAGUUACGUAUGCUUCAAGACCCACAACGCCUGUUUCAUCCAUGCCCACAACUCCAAUUUCCUCCAGGUCGACUACUUCGAGGAUGACCGCUGACGACGUACGAAACAGGUUGCGAUCACACCAGCAGCAAAGGCAGAACUCGAGAGCUCUGCCCCAGAGCUUGCCAGCGGAGCCCCCGCUGGCAUCAAACGACGUGGAAGUGUAAAUAACCGAUAGUCAAUCAAAACAGGGUGGGGCCGAAUGGGUAAACCUGUACUAAAUAUGCUUGUUUCAGUUUUG